AUGGCGGCCAAAUUCUCUCGACUCGUCCGCUUCGAAGACUCAAGUGGGAAAAUCCACUUUGGCGAGGCUGGAUCAGAUUGGCAGAAAGAUCUCGUUGGGCAAACUGUUCCUACCUACAACAUAUCUGAUGCAUUCGAUGGGGAGUAUGCCUUGACUGGAGACAAAGUUCUUUGCCCGUUGAUGUCGGUGCCCAUCAUCAUUGGCAUAGGCCUGAACUACAAAGUGCAUGCCGAGGAGGCCAAUCUGCCAAUACCGGAAUACCCCGUUGUCUUCACCAAAUUUGCUGACACUCUGGCGGGGCCGUUCCAGGACAUCCAUGUUGAUGCGAUCGCGAAAGAGCUAGACUACGAAGGCGAACUUUCCAUCAUCAUCGGCAAGGACGUGAAGAACCCUCGUCCUGACGAGGAUCCCCUUGAUUAUGUGUUAGGUUACACAGUCGGAAAUGAUAUAUCUGCAAGAUAUUGGCAAUGGCCCAAGAUGUCGGGCUCGCAACACGGCUAUGCCAAAUCCUUCGACAACUUCGGCCCAAUCGGCCCCGUCAUCGCUUCUAGGAAAGUCAUUCCGAACCCGGAAAGCUUGAGGCUGAAGACCUGGGUCAACGGCGAUCUGAGACAGGACUGCAAGACGGAUGAUUUGAUCUUUGGCAUUGGCAGGCUUAUCCGGCAUUUGAGCCAAGGCAUGACGCUCAGGAAGGGGACUGUUAUCAUGACUGGCACACCAAACGGUGUAGCUGCCUUCUUGCAGCCUCGAAACUGGCUUAAAGACGGCGACGCGGUCAAGAUCGAAAUUGAAGGGAUUGGAACGAUCGAGAACAAAAUGGUAGUUGCCUCUGAACGAGGCAGUGUGUAG